AUGCUACUUAGGACAAUAUCAAAAUCUCGAAUAUUAUCACGUAAUGCACAGUCAUGGAGUAGAUUUACCUUCCCUAUAAAUAGCCGAUGCUAUUCGAUAUUAACCAAUACUUCAUCUCAUCAUGCAAAGAAUCAUAUAAACCCAGCGUCAUUGGUGGCAAAAAGAAAUAUCGGAUUUAUAAAGAUUAUAGCUAGGGCGGGUAAAGUUCCAGCGUACAUAGGUGGUACAUUUGCUGCAGGGGGAUCUUACGUUGCUUACAAAGUAGAUCAGGCAUCGAAUUAUGCCCAAGAUAAGUUGUCUACAAUAAAGGAUUUCACAGAUGGGUUUUUCAGUAGUACUGGGGAUUUCUUCAAAGGAAUGAGCAGUGGAGAGAAUGCUACGUCGGGUGGUGGAGAUGGAGGUAACGGAGGAGAUACUGCUACGGCGGUGGGGGCUACAGCAGCAGCGGUAGGCUUUUCCUCAGAUGAAGAUUCGGAUACAGCAGCAGAAGAUGACAACACAGAAGAUUACGAAGAUGAAGAAACAUUAAUUGAUGACGAUGACGACGAUGACUUAGAAAAUGACGAAACUGACGACGAGAUGUUAACCUUAACACGUCAAAUGAUUGAAAUAAGGAAUUUGUUAUCCACCAUUGAUCAUUCGGACAGUUUAAGAUUGCCAUCCAUAGUUGUUAUUGGUUCCCAAUCAAGUGGUAAAUCGUCUGUAUUAGAAUCUAUAGUCGGUCAAGAAUUCUUACCAAAGGGAUCUAAUAUGGUUACUAGAAGACCAAUUGAAUUAACAUUAAUUAACACCCCUGAUGCAGCAGGCGAAGCUGCCGAGUUUCCUGCUUUGAAAAUGCAUAAUUUGACAGAUUUUGAACAGGUGCAGAAGGUUCUUUUUGAUUUAAAUAUGGCUGUCCCAGAACUGGAAUGUAUUUCAAAUGAUCCAAUUCAGAUCACUAUUAGAUCACCAAAGGUUCCUGAUUUAUCAUUAGUUGACUUACCAGGUUAUAUUCAGAUAGAGGCAGCUGACCAACCUGUUGAAUUGAAGCAGAGAAUUAGACAAUUAUGCAAUAAAUAUUUAGAAGCUCCUAAUAUAAUUUUGGCUAUUUCUGCGGCAGAUGUGGAUUUGGCCAACUCGGCAGCUCUUAGAGCAGCCAAAAUGGCCGAUCCUCGUGGUGAAAGAACUAUUGGAGUUGUAACUAAGUUAGAUUUAGUUGAGCCUGAAAGAGCAAGAAAUAUAUUAGUGAAUAAAAAGUACCCUUUAAAGAUGGGAUAUGUUGGUGUGAUAACAAAGGCUCCCAACCCCGUGAAACAUUCUAGUGGGAUAUUUUCUCGAAAGCAACUUACUGGCUACCAAGCUUUUGUAGCUCAGCAGAAUUUUGAACACACUUAUUUAAAAGAACAUAAGGAUGAAUUUUUUGGAACAGUAAAUGGCACUCGCAACUUGAAGAAGAAAUUAAUGAAAGUAUUGGAAAAGUCAAUGGCUGCGUCCUUGAGACCUACCCAUUAUGCUAUUCAGCAAGAAUUGGAAGAAACAUCAUAUCAGUUCAAAGUUGAAUUCAAUGACCGUCCUUUAACACCGCAAAUGUAUUUGGCUAAUAAUAUUGAUAUUUUAAAGUUAUCCACUACAAAAUUAAGCCAAAACUUUUCCCGUCGUGAAUUGAGAUCUUUAUUGAAAAAUGAAAUUGAUCAAAAAGUUUUGGAUUUAUUAGCAGAGAGGUAUUGGAAUAAGCCAUUUUCUUUGAAAGACAGUCACAUAAAUGUAGAACCAGACUUGAGAGAAUUGUCAGCCAUCAGUAAUAUUGAUGACGACGUUUAUUGGCAUAAGAAAUUAGAUUUGGCUACAAAUUCUUUAACAAAACUAGGUAUUGGUAGGUUAUCAACAAGCUUGGUUACUAAUGCCAUUAUUACUGAGAUUGAAAAUUUAGUUGAUAACAUUGAAUUGCGUAAUCAUCCAUUGGCCAAGGCUGCAGUAAGAGAUGCAGCUAAAUCAGUUUUGAGUGCCAAAUACUUCUCUACGGCUGAUCAAGUAGAAAAUUGCAUUAAACCUUACAAAUAUGAAAUUGAAAUAGAAGAUAGAGAAUGGCAAUCAAGUCGUGAAAACGCUGUUAAUCUUUUGAAAGAAGAAAUGAGGCAAUGUGAUGAAGCUUUUUCGCUGUUAAAGAAACAGAUUGGGGGUAGAAAGUUGCAACAAGUCAUUGCUUACUUGGAGAAGUUAAAUAAACAAAAGACAAUUGAAAUUGAUUUUAAUUCUAAUGAUGCCUUAGGAUUUUCACCAAACUUGAUCCAAAGGGGACAGGAUGCUAUCUUUUUGAAAGAUAGAUUGUCGUUAUUAAAGAUGAGGUAUCAAUUUGUAAAGAAUUCUAAAAAGUGCAAAAAGAAAGAAAACAAAUAUCAAUGUCCUGAGAUAUUCUUGGAUGCAGCGUCAACAAAAUUAACGUCUACAGCAAUAUUGUUCUUGAAUGUUGAAUUAUUAAGCGAUUUUUAUUAUAACUUCCCUAGAGAAUUGGACUUAAAAUUCUUUAAUAAUUUAUCUAAAGAGGAAAUUGAAACUUUUGCCAAAGAAGAUCCUAAGAUUAAAAAGCAUAUCGAAUUGCAAGAAAGAAAGGAUUUAUUGGAAACCGCUUUAAAUAAAAUUGAAGGUGUAUUGGCAAUUCAAAGAAAUAAGAUUAAUCAGUUGAAUAAAGAAGAUAGUAAUAAAAAAUCAGAUUCUUUCUUAUUCAACUGGAGAAGCUGA